AUGACAAGUGAUAAUUUACAGCCAACUAUAUAUUCAUUCAAACUACCCGAUGCUAAUAAAAAGAUUAUUGAGUUUACACAAUUUAGAAAUAAAGUACUUAUUAUAGUUAAUGUUGCUACUCUUUGUGGAUUUACUCCACAAUAUAAAGAACUACAGUAUUUGUACGAAAAGUAUAAUGAUCAAGGGUUAGAAAUUAUUGGAUUUCCUUGUAAUCAAUUUGGUAAUCAAGAACCUUUUAAUGAAGAUGAUAUUGUACAAUUUUGUCAUAAGAGAUUUGGAGUUACUUUCCCAAUUAUGAAGAAAAUAAAAGUUAAUGGUGAAAAAUAUGAUAAUGAAGUAUCUGAUUUAUAUCGAUAUUUGAAGAAUGAAAAACCUGGAGUAUUGGGAUUUAAAGGAGUUCGUUGGAAUUUUGAGAAGUUUAUUGUAAAUAAAAAAGGUCAAGUAGUGGCUAGAUUCAAUUCAAUGAUUGCCCCACUACUGUUUGAAGAAUAUAUCAAACAACUCUUAAAUGAAUAA